CUGGGAGCCACUGGGACACACUGUGCACCAUGAAGCUCCCCCCGAGCUGCCGCCUGCUCCUGCUGCCGGCGGCCGCGGCGCUGACCCUGCUGGCGCUGCACGCCCGCCGCCCGCCGCCCCCUCCCAGCGCCACCGUGCCCCCCGGCAACGCCACGGAGCCGCCGCGGCCGCCGCGGCACCCGCUGCAGCCGCCGUACCCCUACCCCUACCGCUUCCUGCUGAACCACCCCGACAAGUGCCGGGAGCGGGCGCCGUUCCUGGUGCUGCUGGUGGUGACGUCCCCGGCCGACCUGGCGGCGCGCGACGCCGUGCGCCGCACCUGGGGCGACGAGGGCGCCGUGCCGGGGCUCUCGGUGCUGCGGCUCUUCCUGCUGGGCCUGCACCCCGUGUUCGGCGCCGAGCUGCGCCCCGUGCUCGAGGAGGAGGACGCGCUGCACGGCGACCUGCUGCAGCAGGAUUUCCUGGACACCUACAACAACCUGACGCUCAAGACGCUGAUGGGGCUGGAGUGGGUGAGCCGCUUCUGCCCCAACGCCAGCUACGUGAUGAAGGCCGACCACGACGUCUUCCUCAACCUGGAGUACCUGGCGGGGCUGCUGCGGCCGCCCAGGACGGAUUUCCUGACGGGCUACGUGUACCGCUGGACCGGGCCGCUGCGGAACCGCGCCUACAAGUGGUUCGUGCCGCGGGAGGUGUACCCCAACGACACCUACCCGCCCUACUGCGGCGGGCCCGGCUACGUGCUCUCGGGGGACCUGGCGCUGCGCGUCUUCAGCGUGGCGCAGACGCUGCCCGUCAUCAACAUGGAGGACGCCUUCGUGGGCAUCUGCCUGCACGCGCUGGGCGUGGGCGUCACCGACCCGCCGCCCGGCGCCUUCGCCAUGUACCGGCUGGACUACGAGCGCUGCCGCUUCUCGCGGCUGGUCAUGGUGCACCACUACGGGCCCCAGGAGCUGCUGCGGGUGUGGCCGCACUUCCGCAACGCGUCCGUCCGCUGUCCCUAGGGAGGGGACGCGCUGGGCUCUGACCGUGUCGCUGUCUGCUGGUUGUCACUGGGAUCUCUCGGUGUCACUGGGAUCCACUGGUGUUACUGGGAGCCGCUGGUUGUGACUGGGAUCUCUCAGGGUCACUGGGAUCUCUCUGUGUCACUGGGAUCCACUGGUGUCACUGGCAGCCGCUGGCUGUGACUGGGAUCUCUCAGUGUCACUGGGAUCCACUGGUGUCACUGGGAGCCGCUGGUUGUGACUGGGAUCUCUCAGUGUCACGGGGAGCCACUGGUGUUACUGGGAUCGACUGACUGUAACCGGGAUCUCUUGGUGUCACUGGGAGCCACUGGGAGCUGCUGGCUGUGACUGGGUUCUCUCCGUGUCACUGGGAUCCACUGACUGUAACUGGGAUCCACUGGUGUCACUGGGAGCCACUGGCUGUGACUGGGAUCUCCCAAUGCCACUGGGAUUCACUGGUGUCACUGGGAUCCAUUGUCUGUAACUGGGAUCUACUGACUGUAACUGGGAUCUCCCAGUGUCACUGGGAUCCACUGGUGUCACUGGGAUUCGCUGGCUGUAACUGGG